CCGGGGGUGCGCGGAGGGGGCGAGUCCCGGCGUGCACCGCGCGGGGGCGGGACCGGGUCCGGGCUAAGGCGGUGGCGGCGGCGGCGGCGGCUCGGCCAAGGCUGAAGCACCGGUGCGAUCAUGAUCCUGCGGCAGAUUCUGCGUCUCUCCUCCCUGUUCCGCUCCGCUGUUUCCGUGCAGCUCCGCAGGAACAUCGGUCUCUCUGCCAUCAUCUUCAACAAGACCAAAGAGCUCGACCCCGUUCAGAAGCUCUUCUUGGACAAGAUCAGAGAGUACAACACGAAGAGCAAGCAAGCAGGAGGGCCUGUUGAUGCAGGACCCGAAUUUCAGAAAGAAAUGAAUGAAUCCCUUGCAAGACUCCAACGGGCGUAUGGUGAGGGAGACCUAACCAAGUUCCCAGAAUUUAAAUUUGAGGAGCCCAAAUUUGAGGAGGCUCCAAAGUGAUCUCUGCAGCCGAGUACAGCCAUGGAGUUGCUGAACACGGCACCUGUUGUAUCUUAAUAAAUGUGGUGUUUCAGUUUGA